CUCAAAUUCCGUUUUCCGUUUCCGCAUCAAAUCUUCGCUCCCCUAAAUCCCCGAACUUUUUCGGUUUCUGAUUCCCCAGAUUUCCGAUUCCCGAUUCCCGAUCUUCGAAUCCAGUGGGGGUGUUUGAGAGUCGGAUUUGUUUGAAAUCGUGGAAUUUAGAAACCGUGGAUUGAAAAGAAAGUCGCAUGAGCUGGUUGGGGAAGCUGGGUUUCAUAAAGAGAAUAUCGAAUUCCAAUUCCAAUCACUUCAUCACGUGUCUCUUGAUUUUCACCCUCCAUUAUUCCCCUCAAUUGCCCCUUUCCUUGUUGGAAUUCGAGAAGAAAGCCCUCGAUCCCUUAUUAUCAUUGUCUAUACCCCAAUUUAAUUCUAAUUUAAAUCCCAAUUUAGUAAUUUUAAUUUGAAUCACCAUGGCUUCCGGUAAUAGCAACAGUAAUAGUAGUAGUACUACUCCCCAAUUGCGCAGAGCUGCCUGCAAUUCGGAGGUUGAGAGGAGGCCGACCUUGAGCGGAACGACGCCGUCUCCGUCUGUGAUAGUGAUCGGUGGAGGCAUGGCUGGGAUUGCAGCUGCGCGUGCUCUUCACGAUGCUUCAUUUCAGGUUGUGCUGUUGGAGUCUCGGGAUCGACUUGGUGGUCGGGUUCACACUGAUUACUCGUUUGGUUUUCCGAUUGACUUGGGUGCAUCAUGGUUGCAUGGAGUAUGUAAAGAGAAUCCCUUGGCUCCAUUAAUUGGGAGACUGGGUUUGCCUUUAUAUCGAACCAGUGGUGAUAACUCUGUGUUGUAUGAUCAUGACUUAGAAAGCUAUGCACUCUUUGAUAUGGACGGGAAACAAGUUCCUCAAGAUUUAGUUACGAAAGUUGGUCUAACAUUUGAGGAAAUUUUAAAAGAGACAGAUGAGGUAAGAAAGGAAUUCCCAGAAGAUAUGUCCAUCUCCCGUGCUUUUUCAAUUGUUUUUCAAAGGAAACCAGAAUUAAGGUUGGAAGGAAUUCCCCAUAAGGUAUUGCAGUGGUAUUUGUGCCGAAUGGAAGGCUGGUUUGCAGCAGAUGCUGAUACAAUUUCUCUUAAAUGCUGGGAUCAGGAAGAACUGCUUCCUGGUGGUCAUGGUCUUAUGGUCAGGGGAUAUCGCCCUGUUAUAAACACCCUUGCCAAAGGUCUUGACAUUCGCCUAGGCCACAGGGUGACAAAAAUUUUAAGGCGGUAUAAUGGCGUGAUGGUAACAGUAGAAGAUGGGAGAUCAUUUAUUGCAGAUGCUGCUAUUGUUGCUGUUCCCCUCGGUGUGCUCAAGGCAAAUAUCAUCAAGUUUGAGCCAAAGCUACCUGACUGGAAGGAUGCAGCCAUUGCUGAACUUGGAGUGGGAAUUGAGAAUAAGAUAGUGUUGCACUUUGAGAAGGUGUUCUGGCCCAAUGUGGAGUUUUUAGGAGUGGUUGCGGAGACAUCUUACUGUUGCAGCUACUUUCUAAAUCUUCACAAGGCUACUGGUCAUUCUGUGCUUGUUUAUAUGCCUGCAGGGCAGCUGGCCAAAGACAUUGAGAAAAUGUCUGAUGAAAAGGCUGCUGACUUCGCAUAUACGCAACUCAAGAAGAUCCUGCCAGAUGCUUCUGAUCCGAUUCAUUUCCUUGUUUCUCGCUGGGGAACAGAUAUUAAUUCACUUGGGUCCUAUAGCUACGAUAUGGUAGGCAAACCCCAUGAUCUGUAUGAGAAGCUAAGGGUCCCAGUAGAUAACCUCUUCUUUGCUGGGGAGGCAACAAGUACGGACUUCCCAGGUUCUGUGCAUGGUGCAUUCGCUACUGGAGUGAUGGCUGCUGAAGAUUGCAGGAUGCGCGUUCUGGAGCGAUAUGGUGAGUUGGAUUUGUUCGAGCCAGUCAUGGGUGAGGAGGCCAUGUCUAUCCCAAUUCAGAUCUCCCGCCUGUAACUUGCUGGUUAUUCUCUCUUAGAGAAGAAUGCAAGUAUUGCAGAUGUAGAUGUCAGAUUUGCUGUACACAGUCCCGAUCUUGACUUGUCUGUGUGGGAGUAUCGAUCUCUACUGUGGAUAAUCAUUAAAUAAAUCUUAAGAAUCUAGUCUGCUAAUAGCUAGUGGAAUGUUGCAAUGGACAUUCCGAUGGACCUUAAAUGACCUCCUUUGUAACGAACUGUGUUAUUACAAGUCAAUCUAUCACGUAUGUCACUACCUUAGUCCUGCUGAUAUUUGUUUACAACGAACUCUGUGAGUUAGACGCUGAUACAUUAUUUUUAAUAUUUGCGUU